UUUAGUUCUGAUAAUAUCCAUGGCUAUUGGCUACCAUCCUAUCCAAUUCGAUGCAAUUGUUCAUACUGAUAGUGCGUCUAUUCGAAGGUGGAGUAGUUUAUUGCAAGCAGGAUGAUGUACUGCUAUCUUUUGCUGAUAGCUAUUUACGUGCUUACGAUAGUGCACUCAGAAACGAUCGAAACCGGCACCGCGGAAGCUGCAUUUCAGUGUAAUCUGUGCGUAGAUCGAUUCAAUUGGACCCAUUGUGAUGAAGCUGCCAAGCCCAAAGAAUGUUCGACUGAACUCGUGGAUGCGACGCACAAUUUUCUGGCCCAUUACAGUCCAGAGCUGAACAAUACUCGCUCGGGCGGCCCCCAAUUCCGUUGCUUCAGGUUGGAGCUGGAAAUAGAUGUCUCGUCGGUGAAUGUGUUCAUCCGGGGUUGCACCUACGACGAUACGACAUUUUGUGACGGUUGGAGUGCCAAUGGCGCCAAAGCCAUCAACUGUGCCAUCUGUUCGACUGGAGUUUGCGAACGGAACGCUACCUGGGAUGUGAUACCAGAGACUACAACUUCUGUAGGCCCGUCUACGACGACGGCAGCGUCUGAUCCCCAGCCGGGGGUAACUGGCGCUACACCAGCAGCUAAUACGUUCAAUUGCACGGAAUGCGAAAGCGUCGACAGCUGGGAGCACUGUAGGAACCGCAGUCGGGUAACCCAGUGUACGGCAGCUGACGUCAACGAGUUGCAUUUCAGCCUGCGGCAGUUCAAUCCGAAUCUACCAGUGGGCAACUACAGUGAAUUCAAGUGUUUCUCCAUGAAGGCCAAUUUCAGCGAUCCCGAACACGGAGGGGUUGCGUACGGUAUGGGAUGCACGUUUGCGUCCGCUCGGUUCUGUACGCGGAGCGAAUGGCACAAUGUCACGAUCAUGGAGUGUUCCGGGGCCAGCCUGUUGAAUGCAGGAAGUGUGACGGGUUUGGCGAUAGUUGCGACUUUGAUGAUGUUUGUUUGUCAGCUAAAAGUGAAGUGGUGAUAAAAGGAAUGCGUAGUUGAAGAAGAUUUCAAAGUUACUCUGUGUCCUUUUGUGCGUUACUGAAAUUGAUUAUAAUUGAAAUCAAAGCGUUUAGUGUAAACGUG